ACCCUGGCCGCGGGGGCGGCGCGCUCGGUCCACGCGUCCGGGGCCCCGUGGGGCCGGGCCGGGAGUCGUUAUGAAUCGCUGCUGGGCGCUCUUCCUCUCUCUCUGCUGCUACCUGCGUCUGGUCAGCGCCGAGGGGGACCCCAUUCCAGAGGAGCUCUACGAGAUUCUGAGUGACCACUCUAUCCGGUCCUUCGAUGACCUUCAGCGCCUGCUGCAUGGAGACUCCGUAGAUGAAGAUGGGGCCGAGUUGGACCUGAACUUGACCCAGUCCCACUCUGGAGGCGAGCUGGAGAACUUACCUCGAGGGAGAAGGAGCCUAGUUCCCCCGACGGCCCCCCAGCUAGCUGUAAUUGCUGAGUGCAAGACACGCACUGAGGUGUUCCAGAUCAACCGGCGCCUCAUCGACCAAAGCAACGCCAACUUCUUGGUGUGGCCGCCCUGCGUGGAGGUGCAGCGCUGCUCCGGCUGCUGCAACAACCGCAAAGUGCAGUGCAGGCCCACCAAGGUGCAGCUGCGGCACGUGCAGGUGAGAAAGAUCCAGAUCGUGCGGAAGACGACGACCCUUACGAAGGUCACAGUGACCCUAGAGGACCACUUGGCCUGCCAGUGUGAGACAGUGGUGGCUGCACGCCCAGUCAAGGCUCCCCAAACUCGAGUGACUGUCAGGACAGUGAGAGUCCGCCGGCCCCCCAAGGGCAAACACCGGAAGUUCAAGCACACGCAUGACAAGAAGACGCUGAAGGAGACUCUCGGGACCUAGGGGCAUCUGCGGGAGAGUGCAGGCAGGGUUAUUUAAUAUGGUAUUUGCUGUAUUGCCCCCAUGGGGUCCUUGGAGUGAUAAUAUUGUUCCCCUCGUCCGUCUGUCUCGAUGCCUGAUUCGGACGGCCAAUGGUGCUCCCCCCCACCCCUCCACAAGACCGUCCACCCCUCCACCAGCGAGUCUCCCCUCCUCGGCCUCUUCCGGCAACUGACUUGGAAGCACAGGAAGGAAAGGAAGGACUCGGACUCCGUGACUGUUCUCGCCCCCAGCCCACACCUUGAGGAGGUGUUUGCAAGGUGGUUUGAGGGGGGAGGGCCUCCCCACUGCACUGUGGCUGCCCUGGGAACUCUGCGUAUGACCCAGAGUACUUCUGGACAUAGUGCCUCUGGUCCUUGGGUCCCGGCCAGGGCUCUUGGACUCCUGUGGCUGAGACCAGCGGGGGACAGACCGCAGAAGACCUGCCCCCUGCAGUGCCUGGGUCCUGGCUGUACUCCCUGCUCAUGGCUGCCCACAAUGCUCACUUCAUACAAAGGAGACCUUUCCAGCUGUGGACUGCAAGGCAGGUGUGGCCACAGUGCCCUUCCAGGAGGGUUAGACAUGAUACUUGCUCUGGAGAAGGAUCUAGACCAGGGAUGGGGAAACUUUGUCUUGUCUUGUUUUUUCUGUCAAGGGACACUUGGAUAUUUAUAGCAUCAUGCUCUGGCUACACAUAACUAUCAACUUAAAAAUUAGCACUUGACAUUGCUAUGAGAAAAAGCUCCAGACCGACUGAAUUUCUGGUCUUGCCUGCAGUUGCCAUGACAAGGCUGGACCAAGUGAUCUCUCGGGCUAGACCUUCCCCACCCCUGAUUUCGAUGGAGACGCAGACAUCCGCUCCCCCCCCCCAAUUCUUCACCUCCUGCUCCUCUGUUUCAUUUCUCUACCUCCACCCUAGGUCUUCCACUUGUCCUGGCCCUUCAGUCUGUCCUACUAAGGGGAACACCCCUCGUCCAGGCCCCGAAUAGCCCUAGUCAUUGCUCCAUAGAGCAGAAGAGCAAGGUUCCAGGGCAACAGGGACACAUACCCAACAUAUUCCUGUCCAGCCAAGAUGCCAUGGGAGAUUGCUCAGGCUGUGCAAGGACACCAUGUGCAGGGAUCGCCAUUCACACCGCAGACAUGGCUGGAUCUGUAUUAAUUAGGACAGCUUCCUGGUAGAUGGAGGAAAAGUGUCUGGAAGAAAAGGGAUCCUGUUCCUAACUCGGAACAUAGCCUUUCUGUGUGGACUUGCCUGGCCCCCACCCAGCCUGUGAAUUGGAGUGGUGGGACAGCAGUGAGGCAGGGUGCCCACUUGCCCUCUUCCUCCCAGGCCUCAGCUCAGUCUCCCAGGGAGGUGCGAAGAUACCCAGACAGGCUCCAAGGCAGCAGCAGGUAGUCCUUGCUCCUCCCCCAAACCCAGCACACUUCCUUCAGACCUUCUGAGUUCCACCUCUAUUGGCUUUUCCCAGAAAACCAGCUCCUGGGCUGGGAGGGGUGGUGGGAGAGAAGGGCCAGAUACCCCCCCUAGAACCGCCGGGGGUGGGGUCUGGGUCUGAACACGCAUCUCUGGUUCCCUGCUGUGCUGUCCCCCUCCUGCCCCUCCCACACCUGCUUCUUUCAGUUUGUAAAGUUGGUGAUUAUAUUUUUGGGGGCUUUCCUUUUAUUUUUUAAAUGUAAAAUUUAUUUAUAUUCCAUAUUUAAAGCUGUAAAAAAAAAACAAUAACCACAAAACCAAACCAUCA